CCUCCGGACCAGCAGGAGGCGCCAAAGCAGCGCAGAAGACAGAGAAGAAGCAGGAACUUUGCUGCGAGCGCGUCGCGUGACGCUCUGUCCUCAGGUGUUCUCCGGCAGCUGCAGGGACUUCAUGACUGCGCAGGUGAGCAUCAUCUACUUUGGUCAGAGUGCUGAGCUGACCGGGCUGAAGGAGGAGGAGCCUGUUUCUGUGCCGACGCCCAUCAGCAGCAGGGAACUGUGGGAGUUGCUACAGCAGAGACACCCCCGGUUGGCGGCGCUGCGGGGUCACGUGGUCCUGGCGGUGAGUCAGCAGUACGUCCCGGUUGCAGAGCAGCUGGUGGUUCUGAGGGACGGGGACGAGGUGGCCGUGGUUCCUCCGCUCAGUGGCGGGUAGACCG